AUGACAUUUCACAUUCGAGUAUACGCUAUGGUGAUGGCGCCAUUCAUGAUUUCCGUCUCUGCAGCCGGUGUGGUGCUUUUGGCACGAACAUUUCUGCGGAGACGAUUGAGGAGUUCAGUCCUCCUAUUUUCAGAAGCGCGGCUGUACGAAAUGUUUGAUGUCUUGGCAAAAGUUGCGAUUGGUGGUCGUGCCCCGCUUAAUCAGGGCGAUGGGGCCUACGUUGAGGUGACGCUAAACUGGAAUAAUGCGAGACCUCUGCGUGUGCCUGCAUUAUUGUUCGACAAUGGCCAGCUGGACUUCAUGGAGGUCUUCGAGGUGUAUAGCGGCCUUUUGAGACACAGACAUCCUGAUGGUCUUCUCCUGUCUGACUCGUGGAAUCUUUUGAUGGCAAUCGUGAGUCACCACCUGCGGCGCCAGGUGAGGAAGGACAAUGUCUUUAUUGUGGACGACAUGCAGACGGAAGGGCUUCUCGCGCUCUGCACUUUGCUGCGGGGGAGGUACGCCAUAACGAGAUCACCGUUGCUCUUGAAAGGUGUUGUACCGGUGCAUCACUUUCCUGAAGAACUUUUUCAACGCUUUUUGAGUGCGUACCAUAAAAAAAAAUCGAUGCGGUUAGGGUUUUUUCUUUUUUGCGACUUGUGUACAGGUCCUGCUCCAUUCGACAGCUAA